AUGGCGGCUAAGUACGGCCUAAUGCUACAUCAGAUGGACGUCAAGACAGCGUUUCUUAACGGCUCCCUCAACGAAGACAUCUACAUGGACCAGCCGGACGGAUACCUGGAUGCAACACAGCCGGACUAUGUGUGCAAGCUAAAGAGAUCACUCUACGGCUUGAAGCAAUCGCCUCGCAUGUGGAACCAAACAAUCGAUGGGUUCAUGAUCAAGAUGGGAUUCAAGAAGUGCGAAUCGGACCACUGCAUCUACAUCAAGCGAGACGACCAAGACAUGAUUCUCGUGGUGCUCUACGUCGAUGAUCUCAUCCUGGCCAGCAGCAACAACGAACUCCUCAAGUCGACCAAGAUGGCGCUGAGCAAACGCUUCGAAAUGACGGAUCUUGGUGAGCUCGAUUACUUUCUCGGCAUGGAGAUCAAGAACGACCGUAAGACGGGAAUGGUGACUGUACAACAAACCAAGUUUCUCAAGUCCGUGUUAACCAAGUUCGGAAUGGAUAACAGCAAGCCAGUGAAGACGCCUCAAGAUCCCGGCCUGAAGCUAACCAAGAACAUGUGUGAACAAGAAUGCAAGCACGAAGACACCAUGUGCAACGUGCCAUAUCGAAGUGCUGUCGGAGGCAUCAUGUAUCUCAUGGUCGCCACACGUCCGGAUCUAGCUGCUGCAGUGGGAUCAUUAUCCCAGUUCUCGUCCGACCCAUGCCCGACUCACUGGCAAGCUUUGAAGCGUGUGCUGAGAUACCUGCAAGCAACGCCCAAUCAUGGUCUUGAGUUUACACGUGAAGAAGGAAGCCGUAUCUGCGGGUACACCGACGCAGACUGGGCCGGCGACAUUGAGUCAAGACGAAGUACAAGCGGCAAUGUGUUCAUGAUGAGCGGAGGAUGCAUCAGCUGGAAAAGCCAGAAACAACGGACGGUCGCGCUAUCUUCAACAGAAGCAGAAUACAUGGCGCUUUCCGAAGCAACCAAAGAAGCAGUAUGGCUCAAAGUGCUUUUGGGGAACUUGGUGAGAUGA